AUGAAGGAUCGAGUGCUAUUGCACUGGGUCUGCUGCUUCACCUCCAGCCCGUUCGUGAUGAGCAAGGCUGGGAUCUGUGUCAACCCUGUCCCGGCAAAGGUCGUUCCCUCUGUAUUGCUCAAACGAGACUGGUCCAACAUCCUCCUUGAUCAGUUCAGACAGUUCAGUGAAACAGAAGGUAUUGUUGUGAAUAUGUUCUUGGUAUUGGAAUCACAUGCAGUCAGCUGCGUUGCGAGGGACAGGAACUCAGAAAUGUACACCGUGGGACCAAUAUUGGACUUGAAAGGAGAUGCUCGCGUGGGAUCAUGCGGUGCUCAGCUUCAUGAGGACCUGAUAGCGUGGCUUGAUAACCAACCCAUGUCAUCAGUCAUGUUCCCCCAUGGGCAGCUUUGGGGAGGACCUGAGAGAGAGCCCGGGCUCUGGAGCAAGGCCGAUGCAAACCUAUAUGAAUAUGAAAUUUCUUGCUCGCACCGGUUUUUGUGGUCCUUACGCCAGCCACCGCCCAAGGGAAAUAUGGAGGACCCUAGUGACUACGCGAACCUCAAGCAUGCCCUGCCAGAAAGAUUCUUGGAUCAAACAGCUCCGAUUAGGAAGGUGAUAGGGGGCCCCACAGGUGGCAGCAUUGGUGCACCCAACAGUCGGAGGUUUGUGUCGCACUAA